UCAGCAGCAUACCGAGAGAAGAUGAAGUCCUUCGUUGUUUUCCUCCUGGUGGCCCUGGCAUGGGCUGCUUCACCCGCCCUCGCUCGCACCAUGGAUCGCUGCUCCUUGGCCCGGGAGAUGGCCAGGCAUUGCGUUCCGCGAGAUCAGCUGGCCAGGUGGGUCUGCAUUGCGGAGCACGAGAGCUCGUAUCGUACCGACGUGGUGGGUCCACCCAACUCGGAUGGCUCCAAUGACUACGGCAUCUUCCAGAUCAACGAUCGCUACUGGUGCCAGCCGCCCAACAACAAGAAGUCGGCCAAUGGCUGUGGGGUGAGCUGCAAGGCUCUACUCUCGGACGACAUUACCAGGUCCGUGCGGUGUGCCCAGAAGGUGCUCACGGAGCAGGGCUGGCCGGCCUGGUCCACCUGGAAGUUCUGCAAUGGCAACUUGCCCAGCAUCGAUCCCUGCUUCAAGUAAGCUCUGAGUUCACGAAUAAAGCACGAUUGUGUAACUUGCCACA